ACAUGCAGCUCGGUCUCCUCCAGGACUGUGAAAACUGUGCAUGCUGAAGCUAUUUCUUAUUUAGGCCAAAAUCUGCUUAAAUCAGCUAUUCAGUUUUAAGUUUUUUUUAGUUUUUAUUCUUGUACCUGUAGCCUUGUUUAACUGUCUUAAAAUGAGCUCUGAGGUUUUAGUGGCAAGGCCCCACUAUGACAGCAGAGCUGUGGCUCAGGGGGUCCCGGUGAAAGAGCCUCGUGUCGAGCUGGAUGCCCCUCUGCCGUCCUCAGGCUCAGCCACAGCGGGAUACCGCUCAGCUAAAUACUCGCCGGCUGAGUGGUUCUCCAACUACCACACCAUCCUUGAACAGGCCGGUACCAACCGCCACGAAGCCGGCAGCAUCCAGCGGGAGUCCAGAGCUCUGUACCAGGACACUGAGGCGGCCACUGUGACGACCCAGGCUGAGGGAACACGUCUCCUGGGAGAGAGACUACAAGAGAUCCACUACUGGAAAUCGGAGCUGCAACAGCACAUUCACCGGCUGCUGGCCGACACGGAGUCACUAUCGGCGCUGAAGACGAGGCUGGAGAAAGCGCUGGACGCCACCGAGACUCCAUACGCCAUCGCCACCGAUAACCUCAACUGCAGGGCCAGGAGGCUGGGACCAGACCUGGUCCGAGACACUGUGGAGGAGGAGCUGGUGAAGGAGGUGGACUUGAUCAGGAGUGUCCAGGCUCUUCUGAAGAGGACUACGGCUCAAGUUGUCAGUCGGAUCAAGAUGAACAGAGAGGCUAAGCAGACGUUAGAGUUGGACUGGUCUGAUAAGUACCAGGCCUACAACUUUGAUGACCACGGUGGAAGAUACAGUAACAUGAGCCCAGACACGCAGCACCACCCCAGCUCAGCCACCAUACAGGACCAGGUGUGUAACGGCACAUCGUGGACUAAGUUUACACAGGACAACUUAUCCACGGCCUUGCAGGAAGAACAGGCCACCAACAGUCUCAGACUGCUGGUGGAGCAAGUGCUGCAGGACACCACUCAUGAUCUGAGAGUCCAGUGCUCCAGUGUGGACCGAGCCUUCAGUCAGCGCUGUGCGGAGCUGAUAGAGGCCAAGACACAGCUGGAGAUGAAGCUCGUACAGAUCUUGGAGCAGAUUGGGGCCCAGGAGAGGAGCAUUGUGGCUGUACAGCAGGCGAUCCACAACAAAGAGGCUCCACUGAGAGUAGCUCAGUCCAGACUUUACCUCCGCUCCCUCAGACCCAACAUGGAGCUCUGCAGAGAUGAGCCCCAGUUCAGUUUGGAAGGGGAGUUGAGGCAGAUUGAUGCCUCUCUUGCAUCUCUGCGCCAGCAGCUGAGUGAGGCCAGAGGCUCCUUGUCCCACCUGGAGGAGUCACGCAUUGCCCUCGAGAAGGACAUCAACUGUAAAACCCACUCACUGUUCAUCGAGAGGGAAAAGUGCAUGACUCGUCGUAAACGAUACCCAGCGGUUUCCACACUGUCGGGAUACUGAAGACGACGACUGUUUGUGUGGAAUUUGCUUUUGAUUCUAAUAUUCUAGAUUGUUUUGUCUUUUUGUUGUGUUGUGAGCCACUGAGCAUAUACGUAGCUCUAUAGAUCUAUAAUACAGUAUAUAUAUGUCUAUUUGUCUGUCGAUGUUUAGUUUAAAUUAAGGUUAUUUAAGGCUGAAAAGUGAAAGUUUAGUCGACGUCUCUUCUUAUUUCAAUGACUACAUAAAGGUUCAUCAGACAAUUAAUAAACUAAAAUAACAAUAAAUAAUUCACACAGAUGGCA